AUGGCGUCAAUGUCUCUCUCGUUUUCUUCUUCGCUAUGUUCGUCUCGAAUUCCUGAAGCAAAGCGUACAUUUCACCAGAGAGAUGCGAGCUUCGUCCGAUGCGUUUUGGCUGCUUCUAAAUCUCCACCAGGAGGAACCACGAAGAAGAGGCUCUGGAAGGAAGGCGAAUUCCCUGGAAUCUCGGAGCCGACUAAUCAGAGAAGAACUCCGAUUAAGAAUGUGAAGAAGAAACUUGACAGGAGAAGCAAAGCUACCGGAUGGGCUAACACCGUCACCGAAUCCCUAUCCGAUUGCAUCGCCAAAAAGCAGUGGCUUCAAGCUCUCGAGGUUUUUGGUAUGUUGAGGGAACAGCCAUUUUACCAACCAAAGGAAGGGACUUACAUGAAGCUGCUUGUUCUUCUGGGUAAAUCUGGGCAACCGAAUCGUGCACAGAAGCUGUUCGACGAAAUGCUUGAAGAAGGACUCGAGCCCACAGCUGAGCUCUACACAGCUCUUCUCUCAGCCUACACUCGCAACAACCUCAUCGACGAGGCGUUUUCGAUUCUUGAACGAAUGAAAAGCUUGCCUCAAUGCCAGCCUGACGUUUUCACAUACAGCACUCUCCUCAAGGCGUGUGUGGACGCUUCUCUCUUCGACUUGGUGGAGUCUUUAUACAAGGAGAUGGACGAGCGUCUGAUAUCUCCAAACACUGUGACACAGAACAUAGUCUUGAGCGGGUACGGUAGAUUCGGGAGGUUUGACCAGAUGGAGAAAGUGUUAUCUGAUAUGCUGGUGAGUACUGCUUGCAAACCGGAUGUGUGGACGAUGAACAUCAUCCUCAGCGUGUUUGGGAACAUGGGGAAGAUUGACUUGAUGGAGAGCUGGUACGAGAAGUUCAGGAACUUUGGUAUCGAGCCAGAGACUCGAAGCUUCAACGUCUUGAUCGGUGCGUACGGGAAGAAGAGGAUGUACGAUAAGAUGUCCUCUGUGAUGGAGUACAUGCGGAAGCUAGAGUUCCCGUGGACGACGUCGACGUACAACAACAUCAUCGAGGCGUUUGCUGAUGUCGGUGAUGCGAAGAACAUGGAGUACACGUUUGAUCAGAUGCGUAGCGAAGGUAUGAAAGCGGACACGAAGACGUUUUGCUGUCUUAUCAAUGGAUAUGCGAAUGCUGGUCUUUUCCAUAAGGUGAUAAGUAGUGUUCAGUUGGCUGCGAAGUUUGAGGUGCCGGAGAAUACUGCGUUUUACAACGCGGUGAUAGCGGCGUGUGCGAAAGCGGAUGAUUUGAUUGAGAUGGAGAGAGUGUACACGAGGAUGAAGGAGAGGCAGUGCGUUUGCGAUUCGAGGACGUUUGAGAUCAUGGUGGAGGCGUAUGAGAAGGAAGGUAUGAAUGAUAAGAUCUAUUACUUGGAACAAGAGAGGCAAAAGGUUAUGGAUGGCUCUGCAGCUACGAAAGAGGAAGAGAAUCUCCCUGGAUGA